UCCAAGUCUAGAUGCUUCGUUGCCUCCGAGUUUGCAGCGAAAGGCGGAGAUUGAGACUGAGGCCGCAGAGAUGCCGGGGAUCGAAAAACUGCCCAUCGAGGAGACUCUGGAAGACAGUCCGCAGACACGCUCACUGCUGGGAGUGUUUGAAGAAGAUGCUGCUGCCAUCUCAAAUUAUACCAACCGACUUUACAAUGCCAUGAAGAGGAUUUACGAUGCACAGAAUGAAUUAAGCACGGCAACACAUUUGACCUCCAAGCUGCUCAAGGAAUAUGAGAAACAGCGUUUUCCCUUAGGUGGUGAUGAUGAGGUCAUGACCUCCACACUACAACAAUUUGCCCAAGUAAUAGAUGAACUCAGCUCCUGCCAUGCUGUACUUUCGACGCAGUUAGCUGAUGCCAUGAUGUUUCCCAUUACACAGUUUAAGGAGAAGGAUUUAAAAGAAAUGCUAACUCUAAAUGAAGUAUUUGCUAUAGCAAGUAAUGAUCUUGACAUGGCUAUUAACAAAUACAGUAGACUAUCCAAGCGGAAGGAAAAUGAUAAGAUAAAACUAGAGGCAACUGAAGAUCUGUACACAUCUAGAAAGAAGCAGCAUCAGACCAUGAUGCACUAUUUUUGUGCACUGAACACAUUACAGUACAAGAAAAAGACUGCACUGCUCGAACCUCUCCUGGGUUAUAUGCAAGCUCAGAUAAACUUCUUUAAGAUGGGUUCUGAACACAUGGCUCAACAGUUGGAAGAAUUUCUGACAAAUAUUGGUGCCAGUGUGCAGGGUGUCCGUAGGGAAAUGGAGACUGAAGUGGAAACAAUGCAUCAGACCAUUCAGGAUCUGGAAGUAGCCAGUGAUUCAUUGUAUCUACCUGAUCCAGAUACCAAAAUAUUCAAUAUCAACAGAAAUCUAACCAGAAAAACUGGUUACAUGAAUACAAGAAAUAAAACCAGAUUAGUAUCAUCUACCUGGGAAAGGCAUUACUACUUUACCCAGGGUGGAAACCUGAUGCGUCAAGCUCGAGGGGAUGUUGCAGGAGGUCUUGUCAUGGACUUGGACAACUGUACUGUUAUGGCUGUGGAUUGUGAGGAUCGAAGAUACUGCUUUCAAAUCACUUCCUUUGAUGGGAAAAAAGCUGUUCUUUUACAAGCAGAGAGUAAAAAAGAGUGUGAAGAGUGGAUUGCAACAAUCAAUAAUAUUUCCAAACGUAUCUAUCUCAGCGAAAACCCAGAAGAAUUGGCUGCUCGUGUAAACCAGUCUGCUUUGGAGGCUGUUACACCUUCCCCUUCAUUUCAACAGCGCCAUGAAAUCUCAAAGCCUACAGUCCACAGCAGACCUCACCCCUCUCGAGCAAACAGUUCCAGCUCUGUUGGAUCAGAAUCUGCUUCUCUUUCUGCAGCGUCAUUAGACUCAAUAGUUGCUCCAGACACCCCCAUUCAGUUUGACAUAAUUUCUUCUGUCAGUGAAGACUUAUCUAACCAAGCAAAGAUUUCAGGACCAGGAACCAGAACAAAUCCAUUUGGAGAAUGUGGGGAGCCAAAAACAGAGGAGCCUGAAGAAUCUAUACUUCAUCAGUUGUUUAUUGUGAGAUUUCUUGGAUCAAUGGAAGUAAAAGUAAAUGAAACCUCGGAUGUUAUUUGUGACACAAUGCGUCAAAUCCUUGCUGCCCGUGCUAUACAUAACAUCUUUCGGAUGACUGAGUCACAUUUACUAGUAACUGGUGACUAUUUGAAGUUGAUUGAUCCUCAGACUCAAGUCAUUCGCUUAAGGUUCCCUUUGCAAAAUGUGGUUCUUUGUGCAACUCACAAAGAGAACAAACGUCUCUUCGGGUUUGUGCUGCAUACCGGAGGAAGCAGAGUAGAAGGGCGACCGGUCUCCAUCUGCUAUGUGUUUGAAUCAAACAAUGAGGGAGAGAAGAUCUGUGAUUCUGUUGGACUGGGCAAACAGAUUGCUUUCCAUUCAGAAAUGGAUCGUCAAACCACAGAUAAACAGAGAGAAUUUGACCGAGAAAAGGAAAAGCAACUCAUGGAACUUAAUAAACAAAAACAAAUUGAAAAGGAUUUGGAGGAACAAAGUCGCCUAAUAGCUGCUUCUAUUCGGCCAAACCAGAUGAGUGGUGAGAGCCAGUUUGUUCCAUUGGAUAAUAGUACACAGGCUGAAAGCAGUGACACAGGAGAUGAUGGAAAGAAAAAGGAAUUGGAAACCUGAAAUGUUGACAGUAAAGAUGAAGAAAAUGUUGAUUAGGUUGCAUUUGUAUUCAGACCACAACAAGUGAAGAGCACUAAAUAAAGACCCAGAUUCAUGCAGUCAGUGGAAUAUGGCAGCCCUUGCCUCUGACCUCAAAUAAUUGUUGCCCACGAAGAUUUGUAAUAUGGAUUUCCUCCUCUCUUGACACUAGUUUGAAUCUGGUGCCAAGGCAUGAGGAUCUCCAUGCACCAACAACAGUGAUGUCAUCAAGUAGGGUAAGCUCAUCAAAUCACAUUCAAUUAUUCUCACAAAGGAAAUCUGGAAGUAAAAUGUACUAAUUAUUCUUUGCUUUAAAUACAUCUUACAGAGAGUGAAAUCAAUGAUUAGGGCAUGGGCAUUAGAAGCUAAAAUAUCACAAACCUGUUUUUUAAGCAUGUAUUACAAACUUGGAUUUUUAAAUCAGAAUGGAAAGAUUUGGCAUUCCAUAAACAUAGAAUUAAUUUUCUUGUAGAGAAUUCUUCAGCCAUAGUUAUGACUUUGUAUGCAUUUAAGAAUCUAGUUACAUCUCAUCAAGGUAUAACUUUUUUUUAAAAAACAGUGGUAUUUCAGAAUAAAAAGGAAGUUCUUCUCAGUGCAAUAAUUUCCAAUUGAAUGCAGCCUACCAGGACUUUGACAAUGCACCCAACGGAGGAGGGUAAAAUUGGACAGUAACUUCUGGAUUUUCCAGCUUAAUUGAGCAUGUUUGAAUUCUAGAAUUUGCUGUCAAUUUCAGAAGAGUAAUGAUGGCAAAUACUGACUGCUUUGCCAUCAUUUCUGUCAUAAAAUUCAGGCCAUGAUCACAGUGACAUAGUGAUAAAAAUCCUUGGCGAUCACUAAAAGAAUUAAUCUAAAAAUUAAUUCGUAAAAAAUUCUUCUGAGCAGCUCGACCUAAGUGUGAUGAAAUUUUCAAAGCCUUCCAAUCUGCAUUUGCCUAUCAUAAUCUAUGAUAAUGUAUAAUAAGGUGACAAAAUUGAAAUAAUCUCUGUUACAUCUGGUUCUGAACAGCUUGUUAACUCUUCUGCAUAUCUUUGCAUUUUUACUUGAAAGUAAGGUCUAUGGAUUCUAUAUUUUAUACAUUUUAUCCUUAUACUGUGUAUAAAUGUGUGUAGCAAGAGCUAACAUAUCUUUAUUAAUUGGUAAAAACACUCAUUUAUCUUUCAUAAUAUCAUAACUUAGCAACUUACAGUUACUGCUUUUGAUAAACAAAUUGAAUGGACAAUUUGUUUCCCUUUACCAGCACGUGCUUUAAGAGUUGAGUAUUACAUUGUGCUCUACUUCCGUGAAUCAUAUUUUAAAAUGUAUACAGUUGCCUUUUAUGUUAUUAAAUGUUAAUGAAACCUAUCUAUCUCAUUUACAGUACAGUGAAAUACUGUAUUCAGAGCAUAGUUAUUAGCUUCAUGCUGUGUUGCACCACUUGAUAUUGAACUGGCUUAUGGUAACAGUGUAAACUGUAGAUUGCUGCUGAAUUUAUUGAAAUGGAUUUACAUAAAGUUAUAACUAGUACAACUAUUAAUUGAAAAAAAAAAUUCAGCUUUGUGAAGUCAAAGUUGAAAGCAGUUUGUUCUGAGGCCUUUAAAUGAUUUUUGCUCAAACUGAAUUAACACACCUCUAAGGUACUAAGUUGAUUGAACUAUUUAAUCCAGAUUCACAGUUUGACAACCACUUUGUGUUUAGUGAAGGCAAUUUCUGGGUAAUUAGGCAAUACCAUAUGUUUUUUAUAUAUACUUUUAGAAAAAAUUAUGGGGGUAGUUAAUUUUAGGAAUAUUGACAAUUACUGUGUUUCUGUGGCUAUUGCACAUUAUUCUUAUUACCUUUGUGGAUGUAUUUCACAAUUGAAAUAAGUCAGUAUGAGAAUUUUUAAGUACGUUGGUUAAAUUGUAGAGUAAAACGUCCUCUCUAUUCCCAAAAUGUUGUUGUACAAUUCUGUGAAGUGCCCAUCACUGCUUCAGAUAAACACAUUGUACAGACUUUUAAAGCACAUUGUUAUACAUUAAUAUGAACUUUUAUUGAUUCUUGCAUUAUGUAAUAUAUCUAUUCAUAAAGUAAUGUGGUUAUAUUUGAGGUUGUUUGCAACAUUUGCAUGUACCAAAUGCGUGUCCCGUACUGUAUUAAGGUCUGAAUGUUUCAUUUCCUCAUUUCCAAUUGAAUUAUAUAUAAAUGUAAAAUAACUGUCUUCUCAUUGAAUGACAUACUAAUUGUGAUUUUCCAAUUUUUAUUCUUCAUUUCUUUAAAUGUGGAGAAUUAGUUUAAGGGUUGUUGUAGAUUAUACUUAUUUUAUCAAUUUGCGCCAAAGAAGCAGAAUUACUUAAUUUACACUAUAUAGGUAUAGGCUGGCUAUUCAUCUUGAAGGGGACAACCUGCACUGUAAGCACAGACUACAUGCACUUUGAGCAUUUUAACACUUGGAAACUAAAAUUACCUAGAAACUUCAAAAUUACCCAGUAAAAUAAUCUGUAAAACCAGAAAUUGUCAAAAUAACCUAUUUCCAAAUUUGUCCGUAAAUGCAUCUGCUUUGGUUUGGCAAAUUAAAGUCACCUAAUUAGGAGGCUGUGUCCUUACAGGCUACAAAUUCUGAACUUAAAUAUUAGGCUAAACAGUGUGAAAGAAAUUAAAUGCAUUAUAACCAACCCUAUGGAUUAUUCUAAACUUUUUGUUCUAGUGCAUGUGACAGUAAAGCUAAUGCAAUUCAAUAGUGUAUUAGGUCGGUUCUGAUGCAACGCAAUAGUUCCAUUCUUGUGCGAUCUUGAGUUAUAAGAAAAUUGUACAAUAGCCGCACUUUAUAAACUAAUGGUGCCAGAAUCAUACUAUAGCCAAACCAGGUAAGGAAAAUUUGCGUUCUACAAAUAGCAAUCUAAAUUCUUUGAUCUCAUUGAAUUUGCAUUGAAGAAACAUGCAUUAUAACAAAGUAUAAGUGUAUUAGUGAAUAGUCCAGGAAGGAGUAUCACAAGUUCGAAACUUCCAACAAUGUGUAUUUAUUUACACAGUAGUGUUUUCUAAAGGUCCAUAUUUUGGACUACUAAUUUUUCACAUAACAUUUAAUAGCAUACCUGAGUGGAAUUUUGUGUGAUUUCUUCUUCAGAGUAGCUGCCAUUUAUUCUUGGGGAUUUGGAAAAUGACUUUGUAAACCAUUCUUUUUCCUCCAGUAACAUACUAAUUUUAUCCAAUAAGUAGCUGAGUCCAACAGACUAAAAGGUUCAGCUGUUUAUUGAUUUAUGCUGACUUAGCUGAUCUCACCGAGCCAACAGCAUAAUUAUUUGCAAGUGGUGUCAUAUUUAAGCUAGAAAAGAGGAAGUUAGUAUUUCUGCUUUGAUUUCUGAUCAGCAAGCCUUGCAGGAAAGUAUGUUUGGAUACCUGGUGAUGGCAGGUUUUGCGUGUCUAGUUUGUUCACACUUAACAAUAGUAAAGUACCAAUCAUAUUUGAGCCCUGAAGACACAUGAGAACCUGUGAAAUCUUGAAGCCUAUUUGUUGUUUUAUUUUCAUUUCUUUUUUAUUUGCAGACUAAAGUCCUGUUCAAUCUAUUCAGUGUCACACAUAAAACCCAGAACUCUAGUUACCCUUUAUGACCUUUACUACUAGUGCAUCCUGUGUUUAAAAUAUCUACAUAGCUAUAGUACUAAAUGUCUUUUUCUACUCUGCUACCAGUUUUUCUGUUAGAAUAUGCUUCCACUAACCGCUAUUCCCAGAGUGUACCCUUUCCAAUUUCUCAGCAUCCAGUUAUCCCUGCCAUCCAUUUGCUUUCUUCACUAAUGUGUGUGUCAUCCUACAGUCUCUCGCAUGCAUCCUUGCAAUGUCAACAAAUGUUUGAUAUUACUACAUUUGAGCCUAUGUUGAAAUUAUUUAUUGAAAUAGCAAAUAAAAAGAUGUUGAACAAUACCUGAGGUAAAUUCAUAUUCUUCCAAAAUUGAAAGAAACUACCAAUCUUUGUCUUUGCUUUUUCUCCUCCAGCAAUUACUCUGUUUAUAUGGCUACCUUUCUUAUUACCACAUAUAUUAAUUUUCCUGAGUCUUUUCUAUAGUAAUAGAUGUUUUCUACAGAUUCAUGCAACAAUUCUAUAUCAGCAAAAACUAGACAUUUUAUGCAUAGAAGUAAUCUUUUGGAGAGAGAAAUACAGAUUCACACAGCAUCUCAUUUCUUUUUGGAUAAUGUUGUGGAACACAUUGUGUUCACCCAGCUAACUGUACAGGUUGAUGGAGCCUCUUUAAAAUUUUAUUGAGAAACACCGCUGACAAUCAUAGAAUCUUACUAUACAGGAGGCCACCAUUCAUCCGGUUGUGCCUCUGCAAUUUACGAUCAAUGGCAGUCUACAGGAUGUUAAUGUGGUGGCACAUCAAUGGUAAUGUAGUUGACGGGAGACUUUGUUGAGCUUAGUCAAUACAAGACACUGUAUGACAGGAAUGUUACUUGUGUUAGGUUUCUCAUAGAGACUGAUAAUUGGAAGUUUCAAUUUUAAAAACAAAACUUAGCUGAAAGAUCAUUGACAAGAUUUCAUGUUUUAAACUUUUAACAAAUGACUGAAAUAACGUAUGGCUAAACACUAUUUUCUUUUUGUUGACAACUUGUAAUUUAAUGAAAGAAAAUGGCAUUCAUUCAUUAUAUUAAGUUUGUAAAUGAUCCCAAAAUGGCUUUCUUUAUCGUUUUUAUGUGAAACUUAUUACCCUUGUAUCUAGGUAGCAAAUGUGAAUUCAACUGUCUUUCUUCUUACAAGUAAUGAAUCAUUGGCAGUAUAGAUGUUGGAGUUGCACUCAUCCAGGCAAGUGGGGAGUAUUCUUAAGCCUUGUAGAUGGUGGACAGACUUUGAGGAGUCAGGAGAUAAUUUACUCACUAUAGUAUUCCAAGCCCCUGAACUAUUCUUUUAGCCACAAUAUUUCUAUGGCUAGUCCAGUUCAGUUUCUGGUUGAUGGUAGUCCCCAGAAUGUGGAUUCUGCUUGCUGCCAGAAGCACUGAAUUUUCAUCCCUAAAUCUCCUCACCCCUCUAACUCUUAAUGCACUCCUAUAGCUCUUUAUAAAUAAGGAGCUGCCGAUAACAAGUGAGGUGAAUUUUAUUUUAUAAGAUUAGGAAGGGAUUUUAUAGGAACAUAAAAUUAUGAAAAAGAUGGAAAAGAUAGAGACAGGCAGGUUGUUUCCACUGGUGGGUGAGACUAGGACUAGGGGAUGUGGCCUUAAGAUUAGGGCGAGUAGAUUUAGGUCAGAUGAGCAGGAACUGCUUUUCCCAAAGAGUAGUGAAUCUAUGGAAUUCUCUGCUCAAGGAAGCAGUAGAGGCAGCUUCAUUAAAUAUAUUCAUGACACAGUUGGAUGGGUUUUUGCAUGGUAGGAGAAUUAAGGGAUAUGGGGAUUAGGAGGAGCUGAGACGAUGGAUAGAUCAGCCAUGAUAUAAUGAAUGGUGAAACAGGCUCGAUGGGCCAAAUGGCCUACUCCUGCUUCUAUUACUAUGAGACUGUGUUUUUGGACCUUUCUGGCUGAAAAGGCAGACGAAGCAGAGACUGAAUUAUCUUGAAGACCAGGUGGAUAGAUUAUUGGUAAGCAGAGUAGGAGUGGGAAUGUGGAGUUGAGGUUUCAAUCUGAUCAGCCAUGAUCUUAUUUAAUGGUGGAGCCAGUUUCAGGGUUCUGUUUGCUGUCUGUUGAACAUCUUUUUGACCACGGUUUUGGUCCUUGCCCUUAUUAUACCAUCUUCAAUGGCUCAGUAUCAAAUUUGAACUAAAACAUUUCAGUGAAGUGCAGAGGGACAUUUUUCAAUAUCAAUGGCAUGAUAAAAAUGCAGUUUUUUAUUUGGAUUUAACUUGGCAAAUUUCUCAAUCUGCACUGGUGAAAAUAAAGGUUCAAAGACAGGUUUAUAUAACCAUGUUUAAAGAACUGUCAAUAGAAAGUUUGUCAUAUAAAUGUAAAAAUAGACCGUAUGAUCAUAUGUACACCACAUUUGUAACAUUUAUUAACCUUUAUAAACUCUGCCUUUACCUAUAUUUUUUUCAUAUUUCACAUAUCAACUCCUUACCUGCAACCUCUCCAUAGAAGAUGAGAAUGAUGUCAUGAUGUGAAAUUUUCAAUAUGUUUCCAAAAGUUAAAGACCACUUUCCAAAGCUGCAGCCCCACCUUGAGCCUUGUUAAGGAUAGUUCUUCAGUUUCCCACCCAACCCCUGCCAAAUGAAAUGAAGAUUUUUGGGGAGAGAAGACAGUGGGCAUGUAGCAUUCGUUGUGAAAAUGUUUUAAAUGUUCAGGUUUUGUCAUUUACAAUGUUAUUUUCCCCAUUAUCCCUGUGAUCUGUGAAGUUCAUGUCAUAGUAGAACAGGUUUGGUCAGAUUAAAAACUCAAGACAGGAACUAAUCCAGGGAAUUUCAUAUUGAACUUUAAAAUUCAUCUUACCCCAAAACUAGCACUGAUAUUAAGUUAAAUAGAAUUGCAAGGCAUUUUGAGAAACAUUUUUGCUGUUGACUAAUACAAAAUAGCUUUGAGCUGACCUGUUAAAAAAUCAAUGCAUUUAGUUAACAUCUAAGACUGUUUUCAUACUAUAACUCUAGAAUGGCCAAUAGCAGAAAAAAAACUAUCAGAAUAAAGAAAGUUUGAAUCAAGUGACAUGCCAAGGCAGCAAUUAUCUACAUCUAUUUCAUACUCCGUUAGAGCAUUGGCACCCUAUUUAUACUCCAAAUCUAAACGCCAUCCAGCUCGUGUUAGUGCAAAGCCCAAAUGAAUCUGCAAAGUUUGUAGUAUUAAUGAUAAGUGAAGCUGUUUUUAUUCUUUCACCCAACUCUUAAGAGAAUGAGCCAACUCUGCAGGUUUUGCAAAAAGAAGAUAAUUAAUAGCUAAUUGAUUACAUCUUUAAAAAUCUCUUUCAACCUGUGUUUGAUUUUCUUUGUGCACUGAAAUUUCCAAUAUUUAAGCUUCCUCCCCCCACUUGUUAGGUGCUUUUGAAUUAUAUCAAUAUAUCCAAUGCUUAAAUAUUAAUUUGUAUUACAUUGGAGGUACAGCACAAAAACAUUAAAUACAAACUGAAUGUUUAUUAAGCUUAAAUUAUCGUCAAAGGUUUGAAAUUAGUUUGCAAACUACAGUUUUUAAAAUAUCCAUACAGGGUAGGUUAACAUUGAGUAAUAGUUGGCUUACUACAGUUAGAAUAUUGUGAAUAAAUUAAGUAACCUACAACAAGGUUCAUGAUCAGUAAAAGGGGACAUGAUAAAUUGUUCACUUCUUGAUUAACUGAAAUACAUAUUUCAUCCGUUUUCUGCUCUGUGGCAUUUUUAAUAAAUUGAAGAUGCAACUUACUACAACUUACUCUUAGGUUAAAGAAGUUGACCAUUGAUAUCACAAAGGUACUGUGUCUAAAGAUAUUUGGUGCAUUAUUUACGAUUUUUUUAUUACUAAAGAUAUGUGUAAUCUAUUUGUUUAAAUUUAUUCAAACUGUUUUAA